CAGAACUCCUCUUUAGCAAAUAGACCAGGCUGAGUUUGAAGCCACGUGUGAAGUUACUCAUGGAGAAAUUUGACGCAUGUAGCAGAGAGAGAGAGGAUGCUUCAAACAGCCGACCCAUGAAAAUCCCGAGACAAGACAUCCCCACAGGAUUACAGACGAAGAAAACAGCACUUGAGAAAUUAGCAAAAAAAGGAAAUGUUGAGUGUUUUGCAGGACCCAGUACCCUUCAAAGACCUGUUCAGCCAGAGCCUCCUCUGGCAGUCCAACCUUCAAGUGAUGAUAAAACAGAAAAAGAUCCAAACCCACCACAUUUGAACCCAGUGGCACAAAGGUUUGGUGUUCAGCUUCAGCCCGCUAACAGAAGAAAUGAUGAAAAAACUGGGUGCACUAAAUUCUCUAUCAAAACCAGUGACCUGUCAAAAGAGGACCCAAAGCCUUUGAACCCAAAACCUGCAUGGAACAAAUUCCUUUUUCCUCCUGAUAAAGAGAAAAAUCCUCUGGGACCAAAACCUAAUUUAAAUUUUGCAUCACAGGAGAAUCAGGCAAAACCAGAAUUUUUAAAAGUAUCAGCAGUUCAGGGAAAAUUAAGGUCUGCAACACAAGCAAAUGAGCCCAAGCCUUCUGCUUCUAAACCACCUCUUGCACAGAAACCUUCUCUAAGCAAUGAAGUAUCUCAGAAAGAAGACACUUCUAAUAAAAGUGGUUUUCUGCAAAGACAGUCAGGACCUGGAACAAAUAUACAUGCCUGCCAAGAAGCAAAGGAAACGGGUGAAAAUAGUAACUCUGCUGCAGAAGCUGCAGGCAGUCAUUUUCCUAGAAGAGUUCUGAAGCCUGCUGUCCACAGGUCCAAUUCAUCAAAAGAAGCUCCCAAAACUGUGGAAGAAAACACUGAACAAAAGGGAAUAAGUGCUGCCAAGAACAUCUUCCAAAACAAAAUCAACCAGGAAAAAAUGAGGCCUUCUCAUAAAUCCCAUAGGAUGAAUAUGGCACUUGCUGCAGGAAGACCAUCAGAUGAACCUCAAGAGAAAGGGGAUGGGAAGAGGAAUCCUGGAAUGCCAAAGCAGCAAAUCUUGCCUCCAGUGUUCAAGCUGGGCCAGCCCCCAAAAAAGCCCAACAGACCCCCUAGUGUGCACCUGAGAAAAUUCCAGCAGAAACACCAAGAAGAGGAUAAGGAUAGGCUUCUGUCUAUGAUAACACAUCUACAGUUGGAAAUCCUUUUCCUUAUGCCAGUCAGCACUGCCCAGGGCCGAGAAAGUGAUGGAGAGACAUAUGAAGAUAUUAAUGACAUCAGAUCAUCAAGGGGAAAAGAGAAGAAGCAGGGCAAAGAAGAUAAGAGAAGAAUGGACCAAGAGAAGAAAGAACAAAAGGAAAAAGAAAAGAAGGAGUGUGAAUUGAGGAAAAAGUUCAAAUUAACAGGACCCAUUGAAGUUCUUCAUCAGGCACGAGCUCGUGUUGACCACAAGGGAGGGAGGAAUGAACUGACUGUCAGACAGGGGGAUAAGAUUGAAAUCAUUCGCCUCACAGACAACCCAGAAGGAAAGUGGCUGGGCAGGAUAAAAGGAUGCUAUGGAUACAUUAAAACAACCAUGGUAGAGAUUGAUUAUGAUUCUUUAAAAAGAAAGCAAAAGCCAUCUACCAGAGCUGCUGUGAAAAAUACAGAGAGUGACCAAGAAAUGUAUGAUGAUGUUGGAGAGCAGGACACUGCUAGCAGUCAAAGUGGUGACCAAGGUGGAUGUGGAAACAUGUUCCCACCUCCUCCUUCUGAUCAAGACAUUUAUGAUGGAAUUGAUGAUGAAGAUGCUACAGCUAGGUCUGUAUCGCAGGAUGAAGAUAAGAGUGGUAUCUGGCCCUGGGAAAUCUUGAAGAGGCUAAAGGUCAAAGAUGGCAAAAAGAAAAGUAUACGAGAAAAAACAGCCAAAGUCAAUGAGGCAGAAGAAAAUGAAAAUUUGUUCACAUCUUCUUCAACAAAGCAGUCUGGAAAAGGUACAUCUGGAAAGAAGCACUUAGUGAAAAAUCUCAAAAAUUUUGGAGACAAUGUUUAUGAUGACAUAGAUUCUUCAGACUUCCCUCCUCCACCAUCUGAUCCCGGUUCGUCAAAAUCAGGAAGCUUUGGAAAACCUAAGUCAGAUGAAAAAGAUGCACAAAAGCUCAAGAUGGAAAAAGAGGAGAAAGAGUUCAGAAAAAAGUUUAAGUUUGAUGGUGAAAUAAAAAUCCUCUACUCUACAACCACAGUCCAGGAUUUGUCUCAGAAAAGAUGGGGAUAUAAAGAUUUACAAAUUAAACCAGGGGAAUCUCUUGACAUUAUUGAAAGUACAGAUGAUAUCAAGGUCCUCUGCAGGAACAAAGAAGGAAAAUAUGGCUAUGUACUGAGAAGCAAUUUGGUUCAGAAUGAUGGAGAGAUUUAUGACGAUAUUGGUGACGAUUGUAUCUAUGAUAAUGAAAAUGAUGCUGAAUUAUUUUGAAAUAACAACGUCACUGAAGAUCAAACCCACUUUGGAAUCCCACUUGUGAAAGCAAGAAGAGUCAUGAAUGCUGACUGCAAGUUAAUUGGUUGUUCUUUUAAGUGUACAAUUAACGUUUUUUAGGAUUUCAGCCUUUUGUCCUCCAAUGCUUUAUACAAAUUUGCAUUCCCAUUUGUCUAAGCAUUUAAAAUUCAGGGAAUAUGAGCUAAAGUUAAGGGUUGUAACUUGUCGUUUCCUUUCCACAUUUCUGUAACAACUACUGUGGCUGGGUCAGUGUAAGCAGCUCCUUUUGAUUAUAGAGUCUCCUAUAAUCCUGAAGGGAAGUCAGGUACAUUGCACAACACAGAAAGUUUGGUUUAUAAACAAAAGAAAUUUUGGCUCUGUUAAGUCAGUGACUUUUAGUCUCACCUUCAGUGGAGCUGAGUUUCAGUCUUAUAGAAGUGUCUUUUAUUGCUGCUUCAAAUACAGUAAAUCUCAAAGGAGGCAUAAUGCAGUGGGGAUAUCAAACAUAAAAUUAAGAGAUAGUAACCUAUAAGCUAUCUUUUACUGUAUGUAGAAUCACUAUUAGUAUGCUGAAAAGAUAUAUGCAAACUUUACUUUCUCUUUGCUAUUUCUUUUAUCUAUUUGCUAUUCAACCAGCACCCAGGCAUCAAAUACUAAUUUUAUGUAUAAUCAUUGGCAGAAGCACCCAAAUAUAAAACAUGACCAUCCAUAUUAAGUGCAAUGAGUAUGUCUGACUGACUGUCACUGCUAGUGGAUUAUUUAUUUUUUCAGUGGCAUUCAAGAGACUUUCUGCAUUAAAUUAGUGAUAUGCCAAAGAACUGAGUGGGCAUGCAAGCAACUAAACAACUACAAAUUUUUUCCAUGGUCUUAGUGUGUAGGCCAUUCUGUACCAGUAAUACUCACUAAACUGGUCAUACGGCUAAAACUCUAAGUAUUGGUUGUUUCAAAUCAAAUAUAAUGUGAUUGCUGCAGGGUGUUAAAAUGAAUUUUUAA